UGUCUUUUUAGUAGAACACUGCGCAUAGAUUGCCUAGGGUAGCAGAAGAAGGUUAAAUGCGUUAUCCAGGACUGAAUGCAAUGAAGUCUUUUGUGUUUGGUGAUCCAUUUUAUAUAUGAAUGUAUUUGUAUGACUGCUUACUUUUCACAUUCCUCUAACCUAAUUUGACCUGGAUUGUAGGCUGUAGGCAUACUACGAUGCACCUGAUUAUUAACAUCUGGAUUUUGUUCAUAUUCAAGCUUUUGCCCAUCAUUACUGCCCUGGAAUGUAAGAAGUGUGAUCGUGGGUUCUUUUUAGAGAAACACCUAGAUGACAAUUGCCCGGGCGACAGCGUGAAGAGUCAAAGGAGUUGUGAUCCGUGUAUUACAUGUGAUGCACCCGCUAACCAAAUUGAGGUGACCAACUGCACACCCACUAAAGACCGUGUUUGCGGAUGUAAAGAUGGACACUACAGCAACAAGGUUCACGAAAAGUCGGGGAUUCUAAUUUGUAUGAACUGUGUGAACUGUCAUAAUCACUCAGAAUGCCCAGAAUGCCCCAAGGCAUGCAAAAAUGGCAUGUAUAUGGAUGAUGUGACGUGCAAGUCUUGUCAAAAGCAAAACUGUGACAACCCUCAGUGUAAAGACACUGACAUUUGUGCAUCAGCCGAACUACCUGUUUUAGUCAUUGUGAUUGCACUGAUAGUGCCACUGAUAGUGGGACUUCUGCUAAUCAGUAUCAGACAUCUGGUUCGAUGUGGGAGAAAACCCUGCUGGUCUUACAAGAAAGACAACAACAAUUUGCCAGAUCAACAUGAGGACACCCAUAGAACCACACAGAUAUAUAUACAGGCAAAUCAAGGAGAUCAGGAUCAAAUCAUGAUACCCAUUCCACAGGAGGUGAAGGUACCAGCACCAUGUGCACCCGUCUUUGAAUCCCUCAUGCAGCCUUCAGAGGAGACCCAAAAGGACACAUACACCCAAAGCCUCAUCAAAAAUGAGUCCAGGAGUCACUUUUUCUCACCCAUUCUUCUGACCACUCAACAUCCAUGCCCUAACUAUGAGGCUCAGGUACUUUACACCAUCAUCAGGGAAGUGCCUGUGCGACGUUGGAAAGAGUUCCUUCGCUUGCUCGCGGUUCCCGACGAGGAGAUUGAACGUGUGGAGAUGGAGACGGGAGCCUCCUAUCUGGAGCGCCAGUAUCAAAUGUUACGUCUGUGGAGUCAGGCAAGCAAUGGGAAUCUGGAGAGUCUCUACUCUACUUUACACUCCAUGGACCUUUCAGGCUGUGCAGACAAAUUACAGGACAAACUACAGAGGAUUUUAUACACCACCACAAAGCCAACUGGACAACUACAAUAGGCUAUGAGAAAUUAAUGUACAGACUUACGGUUUGUGAUAAUGUCUGGAUAUUUUGUGAUGUUCUCAAACAUGUAAUACAUAUUGUAUAAUUAUUUCAAGCACAUUAUGAGCUUUAUAUAUGUAUAUAUUUUAAAAAUCCAAAAUCCCCUUGCACAACCAAUUAAGUUGGGUCGUUGGGUGCUGGUGACUUGCAGGUUUACGAUUAAUAAAAAAGAAAAAAGGAUCACCACACACCAUUGGACUACACUUUUAAACUUUUAUUUCUGAGCAACGCGUUUCGCCAUGCGCUUCCUCAGGCUCCUUUUUUCUUUUUUUAUUAUAUGUAUAUAGCCUACUUGUAUGUGUGUAAUUGAGUUUAACUUAGACCUUUUGGUCCUGCUAUAGUGUGCCCAAACUACUAGUUCAGCCUACCAGCCUGGUAGGAGGUUGCCUCCUCCAAUCUCUUCUAUUGUAACUAAGAUUUUAGUGUUUUUCAAUAAAUUAUU